CCUUCCCCAGGGUCUUACGUGAUAUUUAACUACGGCUACAGUGGCAUUUACUAAUUUUAGAUGUGCAGAAUUUAUGUCAGAUUCUUAUCCGGAGAGAAGAGCAAAGGUGGCUGCCUGCGUGUCCGCUGUGUAUACACUGGUAUUAUGUGAACUAUUCACAACACGUCAGCUGACACGGGCGCCGCUGUUUUGUCUGGCGCUUCGAGCUCCGCGCCACAAUUAAAGCCUAACCUCAGCAUUUGGAGAGGCCGACAGGAUGGGGCCAAUUUGUUGUCCGUCCGCAGCUCAAGUAGGAGUGGGCGGAUAAAGGUAAAGGAGCUGCCAGGUCACUCCGGAGGUUCCGGAGGAAGACGCCGGUGCUUGUGCAAGCUAAUGUUCCAGUUGCAUGAUGGGCGAAAGGUGAAAGGUCCUAUAACUGAGUGGACUCUGGUCUCUCAGGCUGCAUGAACGAAUGAACAAUCUUCAACUCUGUACAACUAUGGAUCCAAGUAUGCUUUUGUCUGUGGUGGUUGCUGUGUGCGUAAUAGUUGUAAGUGUGCUGUACUUCUCAAACAAGAAGAAACAGCCAGUCACCCUGCUCGAUCCUAUGGUUAAAUAUCCUCUGAAGCUCAUUGCUAAACAGGAAAUUAGUCAUGACACAAAGAAAUUUCGCUUUGGUCUUCCGUCUUCAGAUCAUAUCCUUGGAUUACCAGUAGGUCAGCACGUGUAUCUUUCGGCCAAGGUGAAUGGCAGCCUGGUCGUCAGAGCCUACACGCCAGUCUCCAGUGAUGACCAGCAAGGAUAUGUUGACUUGGUUGUCAAGGUGUACUAUAAGAACAUGCACCCCUCAUUCCCAGAGGGAGGGAAAAUGUCUCAGUACCUGGACAACAUGGCGACUGGAGACGUAAUUGACUUCAGGGGACCUAACGGACUGCUCGUGUAUAGAGGCAAGGGUCAGUUUUCCAUCCGACCAGACAAGAAGUCCAAACCAAGGGAUUUGAAGUUUAAACAGAUUGGAAUGAUUGCUGGAGGAACAGGUAUCACACCAAUGUUGCAGUUAAUUCGGACAAUCGCAGCAGACCCCAGUGACAACACGAUGUGCCAUCUCAUUUUUGCCAACCAGACAGAGAAAGAUAUUCUUCUCAGGGAGGAGCUUCACGAGGUGGAGAAAAGCCAUCCUGACAAACUGAAGCUCUGGUUUACGCUGGACAAACCUAGCGAAGGUUGGAAGUACAGUUCUGGAUUUGUUACCUCGACUAUGAUCAAGGCGCACCUCCCACCUCCAUCCUCAGAUGUUCUUGUUGUUCUGUGUGGUCCCCCCCCAAUGAUCCAGUAUGCGUGUCUGCCAAAUCUGGACAAACUGGGAUACAAAACAGAACACAUUUUUGCAUACUAAUAUCAAGAUUAGCAAAAUAGUUCUUGUAAUAAUGCCGCUGUUUUUUAACACUAUCAAAACAAAAUAAAUGAUUUUAUCAUCUUCUAAAAUGGUAACGUGGGGUUUUGAAUGCAGUUUUAUUGUAGGGUAUAAUUUGAUAUUUUAAUGAAGAUACUUCUAUCAAUGCGGCGCAU